AUGUUGACAGCGUUGCACUAUGAAGUUUUCCUUGAUUUCAAUGGUAAUAUGAAGACUGUUGUGAAAUUACAGUUAAGUGAUCGCAGGGGUAGGUUUGAUUGUGAACUUCGCGGUUCCUCUGUUACUCAGUUUCAAAGUCUUUUCAACAACUGCUAUGAGGGGUUACCUAUUGUUAUGCUUCAAUUUGCUAGAGUGAAAAUGGAUAAAGGUUAUGUGUUUGUUGAAAGUGUGGAUGAUGUUACAAGAGUAUUAGUUGAUCCUCAUAUUGCUGAACUUAUUAGUUUUAAGAUGGGAUUUAAGAAGAAGUUUAGUCGCUGCUAUAUUCGCUCUAUUGCAGUUAAAAUGAAGAUGAUUGAGAAAAAUUAUCGUCUUUUUGAUCAAUGUUAUCCGGUGAAAACCUUAUAUGAUUUGGUUAAAUCCCCGGUUUAUGGAUUGUUUGUUACCUUUGCCGAAAUGGUUGAAAUUACAAACUAUGAUGAUUGGUUUUAUGCCGUAUGUGAUUGUCAAAGAAAUCUAAUUAAAUACAAUUCAUCUUUCUACUGCACUGAAUGUCACCGUACCUCAUUCCGGGUUUCUCCGAAGCGGAAAGUUGAAUUUGUUGUUGGUGAUUCUACUGGAAAGGCUAUUUUUACUGCUUUUGAUGAGUUAAUUACUGGAUGUGUUUCUACUAGAGGAAACAAAAUGGGUUUGAAUAAGAAAGACUCCUACAACUCCUAUAGCAAUUUUCUGGGGAAGAAUUAUCUUUAUGUUGUGCGCAAAACACAUGGUCCAAAUAUUUUAUUGCCUGCUGUCUUUGAAGUUGUUGAGAUGACUUCGGAUCUAACCAUCAUUCAAAGUUUCUUAUCAAAAGGCAGCUCAUACACUCCAACCAAGUGCAUUUUCAAGCCUUCAUUCUCUGAGAUUGUUCCAGUUGGUUUUGAUAUUAUUGGUACAUCUAAUUUGGGUUGCUGCCAAGGUCCAACCGUUGUUCCUGUUUUACAAGGUUUUGCUCGAUCCGACUGUCGAUUAACUGCUGGGGAACCAAUUGUGGCCAAAAGAAAUUUGUGCCAUAUUCUUGAAGUUUCAAACAGUAAGUCAACCAAUUUUGUUGAAACUAUCAUUGGCUCUUCAUCAUGUUUACGCCGUGUUUCGCCUGCCAAUGAUAUUUGUUAUAAUCAUCUAUCUGGACAAUUACCGAACGCGAUUCCUGUGGACAAUUUCGAAAUGUUUCGUGAAAGUGAAUAUCAACAAUAUUUGGAUUUGGGAGACAUGACGAUUGGUUGUCAGAAUUGUGGAGCACUUAUUUGGUAUAACGAGAGAGCUGAAAAAAAUGUAUUUAAUAGUAUUCCCGCAGUUUCUUUGUGUUGUCAGAAAGGUGAUGUUACGUUGCCGUAUAUGAUUGAACCACCGGCUAUUCUUAGAUUGUUGUUUAAUGGCACUGAUCCUCGAAGCAGUAAUUUCCUCUUGAAUUUAAGAAUGUAUAAUAACAUGUUUGCUUUUACAUCGUUGGGUGGUAAAAUUGAAUACGAAAGAAAUAAAGGUGGUGGUCCUCCCCAAUUCGUCAUUUCUGGACAAAAUUACCACCGAAUCGGCACUCUUUUACCAUCAGAAGGUCAUCCUCCAAAAUUUGUUCAGCUCUAUAUAUACGAUACUCAAAAUGAGAUAUCUAAUAGAAUGGCGCAUUUCAGCCCUGAUGAUCCAGAAAGUGCUAUUGAUGAGAGUUUAGUAAGAGAAUUAUUACAUUCGAUGGAUUCUCAUAAUAAGUUGGUCAAGUGUUUUCGAUUGGUUCGUGACUAUCGAUGUAUAAAUCAAAAUGUUUCAGUCAAGUUACGUUUGUUUAGAAAUAGAAUUUCUGAUUCUCGAACGUAUAAUGUACCUGAAGUUGAUGAAAUUGCAGCAUUAAUUGUUGGUGAUUUUGAUACAUCUGAAAUUGGAAGGGAUAUCAUUGUUAAUGAGAAAGAUGGAUAUCUUAAGCGUAUACAUGAAACUCAUCCAAAGUACUUACCACUUCAGUAUCCGUUGUUAUUUCCUUAUGGGGAAGAUCAAUUUAAUGAACAUAUUGAACGCAAUCAAAUUUCAACUUCCACAAGUGUUAACAAGCGCAUUCGUGUUUCUUUGAGGGAAUUUCUGGCGUUUAGGUUACAAGAAAGGAUAAUUGAAGAUUCAGUUAUUUUAAAAGGUAGACGACUAUUUCAGCAAUUCGUCGUAGAUUCGUAUUCAAUGCUUGAGGCUCAAAGGUUGUCUUUUUAUAGAGAGAAUCAAAGUACUAUUCGAUCUGGUUUUUUAUCUGGGAUUGAAGAAGCUGUUGAUCGUGGUGAUAUUGAUGCAUCUUCGAUAGGUGCACGAAUUGUUUUGCCAUCUUCUUUUACUGGAGGUAGACGGUAUAUGUUUAAUAAUUGUCAAGAUGCAAUGGCAUUGUGCAAGAGGUAUGGAUAUCCAGAUUUAUUCUUAACAGUAACGUGUAAUCCAAGAUGGGUUGAAAUUCAACGUCAUUUGUUAAGAAGUGGCACAUAUGCAUGUUUUAGACCUGAUAUUUGUUGUCGAGUAUUUAAACUUAAGCUUGAUGAAAUGAUGAAUGACUUUAAAAAAGGUGAUUUCUUCGGACGUGUUAUUGCAAGUGUUUAUACCAUUGAGUUUCAAAAACGGGGUUUGCCACAUGCACAUAUAUUACUUUGGCUCGAUUAUCGGGACAAACUCAACUCUGCUUCAGCCAUUGAUUCUGUCAUUUGUGCUGAGUUACCUGACCCAGUAAGAUUUCCAAAGCUUUUCGCCACAGUUUCCAAUUUCAUGAUACAUGGUCCAUGUGGCAAUGGCCAUAGAAAUUCUCCGUGCAUUAAAAAUCGUCGAUGUUCAAAGUUUUAUCCAAAAAAGUUUAUCUCAUGUACAAGAUUUGAUGAAAGUGGAUAUCCUAUAUAUAGAAGAAGAGAUACAGGUGUUACAGUAUUUAAAAAGGAAGUUGAGUUAGAUAAUCGAAGUGUUGUUCCUUAUAAUCCAAAAUUAAUUAUGAAGUAUCAGGCACAUGUAAAUAUUGAAAUAUGCAAUAAGUCUAAUUGCAUCAAGUAUUUAUUCAAAUAUAUAACCAAAGGUGUUGAUAGGGUUACUGCAACGCUACAGUCCGGUGGGGAGGAUUGUGUGGAUGAGAUACAACAAUUUUAUGAUUGUAGAUAUUUGUCUCCUUCUGAAUCAAUUUGGAGAAUUUUUUCUUUUGAUAUUCACAAUAGAUGGCCUUCAGUUCAAAGAUUAUCUUUCCACCUUUUUCGUGAACAGCGUGUAACUUUUAAUGAUAAUUCGAAAUUGAAGAAUGUUUUGCGCAAGAAUCAACAAAAGAAUACAAUGUUUCUUGCUUGGAUGGAGGCUAAUAAAAAAUAUCCUUUUGGACGAUCAUUAAGUUACAUUCAAUACCCAAGCAUGUUUACUUAUGAUUCUACAAAGUGUUCUUGGCAUCCCCGUCAACGAGGUGUUUCGGUUGGAAGGUUGACUUCUGUUCCUCAUAGUUCUCAGGAAUUAUAUUAUUUAAGGUUAUUGUUGAGUCGUCAAGUUGGUUGUACCAGUUAUGAGGAUAUUAGAACUGUUAAUGGAGUUACAUAUGAUUCAAAUCGUGAAGCCUGUGCUGCUAUGCAUUUAUUGUCUGAUGAUCGUGAGUUUAUUGAUGCUAUUCGUGAGGUUUCUGUUUUAGGUUCCGGAAGAGCUAUCCGUGAGUUGUUUACUAAAUACCUAUUGGGUGGAUCGUUGAGUGAUCCAAGAUAUGUGUGGGAUCAAUCUUGGGAAAUCUUGGCUGAUGGCAUUUUGCAUAGUAGGCGUCGCCUGUUAAACAAUGAAGAGUUGUUGAUAUCUAAUGAUGAUUUAAAACAACUUUGUUUGUAUGAGAUUGACAAAAAUCUACGUCAAAAUGGAAAGCUGCUUGAAAAUUUUUCGUGCAUGCCUAAAUUGGAUUUGCCCGAUCAUGUUCCAUUUAACAAUAUUUUAUUAGCUAAUGAGUUAUCUUAUGAUUCGGAAGAGAUGUUGAUAUUGCAUCGGAAUUGUUUUGCCUCUCUAAAUACUGAACAAUUGUCGGCAUACGAAGAAAUUGUUAAUUCAGUUAACAAUAAUCUUGGCGUCAUGUUCUUUAUUGAUGGUUACGGAGGUACUGGAAAAACUUACCUUUGGAACACGCUAUCAUUUCGAUUUAGAUCAGAAAGCAAAAUUGUCCUUAAUGUUGCUUCAAGUGGUAUUGCUGCUCUUUUACUCCCGGGUGGACGAACCGCACAUUCUCAAUUUGGAUUACCAUUGGUUUUAAACGAAGAAUCCUGUUGCAGCAUUGAGAAGAAAACGGAUAAAUCUGAACUUUUAAUUGCGGCAAGUUUAAUUAUAUGGGAUGAAGCCCCGAUGAUUCAUCGUUGGGGGAUUGAAGCUUUUGAAAGGACUUUGCGGGAUAUUAUGAAAGAAACUGUUGUUGGUGCAUCUGAUAAACCUUUCGGGGGAAAGACAAUUGUUUUUGGGGGAGAUUUUAGACAAAUUUUACCUGUUAUUCCUAAAGGUGGUCGUGGGGAGGUUGUUCAUGCAUGCAUUAAUUCAUCUUUAUUAUGGCGUCGAUGUAGAGUUUUGAGAUUGACGCAAAAUAUGCGUUUGCAAUUUUCGUUGGAUACUACCGAGAAUAAUUUGGUUAAGGAUUUUGCAAAGUGGGUUCUUAAUGUUGGUGAUGGGAAAUUGGGUCAAUCUGAAGAUGGGGAGGCGUUGAUAGAUAUACCUGAUGAUAUUUGUGUGAAAAAUUCUACUAAUCAUGUUUCUGAUAUAGUUGAUAUAAUUUAUCCAAAUUUGUUGAAAGAAUUAUCCAAUCUCAACUUCUUUCAAGAUCGUGCAAUAUUGUGUCCUACAUUGGAAAUAGUAGAAAAGGUGAAUGACCAUGUGAUGUCAUUAAUUCCAAGUGAUUAUAAAGAAUAUUUGAGUUGUGAUACAGUUAUUAAAUGUGAUCAAGAAUUAGGAAUUGAUCAUCGUUGGAUCACUCCUGAAUUUUUGAAUGAUAUCAAAUGUUCUGGGCUACCGAAUCACAGUUUGAAACUUAAAAUUGGGGUUCCUGUAAUGCUGCUUCGUAAUAUUGAUGUUGCUUCCGGUUUAUGCAAUGGAACUCGCUUGAUAGUUGUUGAAUUGGGUAUACAUGUUAUUGGGGCCAAAUUUGUGGAUAAAUCUGGUAUAACAGAGAAAGUUUAUAUUCCUCGAAUGAGUUUGAUUCCGUCUGGUGCUAAUGUAUCGAUAUCUUUCGAGAGACUUCAAUUCCCUCUUUGUGUUUGUUUUGCAAUGACUAUUAACAAAAGUCAAGGACAAACUUUGUCGGCCGUUGGUCUUUAUUUGCCUAGAUCGGUUUUCUCUCAUGGACAGUUGUAUGUAGCUUUAUCUCGGGUUAAAACUAGGUGUGGUCUUAAAGUUUUAAUGUUAAAUGAUAUUGGUGAAUCGUGUACCUCUACGAUUAAUGUUGUUUAUCCGGAAGUUUUUCAAAGAAUAUAG